UUAAUUACUUAAUUAUAUUAUGUCUCACCAGGUACAAGAAUGGAGUGCAUCUUACUUUGUACGCAAAGGCAAAGAAGAAAGAACAUCCUCCUCCUUGACUACUUCUACUGGGAACAAGAACAUCCAAGAUUCUUCUUCAUCAGAGACAAAAGAUAAAGGAGUAAUCAGAACGACAAUCGGAGAAGAACUUGGUAUAGAUCGCAAAGGAGUUAGAAGAAGUUCAAGAAAAAGCAGACACAGACUUUCAAAAUCAGAUCAGGGGAAGCCUUUGAGGGAGAGAGCAUCAGAAAUGCAAACAAAUAUAGUAGUACUACCACCACCCCCUGCACCACCAAUAACAUCACCACCAAAAUUGUCAAUACCAUCUCCACCGCCAACUCCAUUAAUAUUGCAAACGUCAUUGCAAGAUGAAGAAAUUGAAGCAGUACCAUUACCAGCUUCACCAACUCAAACUACAGAGGAUGAAAAAGAUACUACAAAGGAGCAGGAUAUUACAAGUCCAGAACAGAAAGACAAAAGAUUUAAAUGGGCUGAUAAGUAUAGGCCUAAUGCUCUUAAAGAUUUUCUAUGCAAUAGAAAUACUGCACUUGAACUGAAGGCUCUGGCAGAAACAGAUAGCAGUAAUCGUCAUUAUAUAUUUGCAGGACAGCCAGGAGUAGGGAAAAGAACCAUGAUAUUUGCUCUGCUUCGCGAAGUUUUUGGACAUGAUAAAUUACAGGUAUAUAUAGUGUACAUUUAAUUGAUUCUCUUUAAAGCUA